UAUAUAUAUAUAUAUAUAGAUGGAAUGAGAUGGGGUGAGGGUGAGAAAUAAAGAGUUUUACCUUGGUUGGAACAGAAGAAAGAAACAAAACAAUCCACAAACAAUGCCUGUAGAAAAGACUCCAACUGAGAAUGAUGAAUUGAAGACCGAUGAAUCGAAGACUGUAACAAUAUCACUACGAGACCUGAAAAUAGCAUGGGGAUCUGAUGACACUCAGUGGAAAAUUGGGAAUCCAAACGAUGAGAAAGAGUGCUAUGCAGAAGCAAUCAACGUGACAUGGCUUGAAGUAAAAGCAAUAUAUAGGGGGGCAAAACCAGGGAGCAAAUAUAAGAUUGGGUUCAAGAUCAGCCUAACUUCUGAACCGGUUGGUUGGGAUAGCAGUCCAGUGUUCAUGAUGGCUAAGGUUGGAGAAUCAGGAUCCUACAUUUGGAAGAGGCUUUAUUUCGACAUCAACAACGCCGGGAAGCCGCCUACCGACUUUCCCAGCAACUUCUCGAUCAGUGUUCCAGUCUCAGCCCAGGACACCACCCUGUUCUUUGGCCUUUACGAAAUUUGGGGUGGCAGAUGGAAGAAAGGCUUGCGCAUUCAUCAUGCCUUUGUUACCAAAAUUUGAUCCACCUCCUCUCUUUCUUAAUUACACUAUAUAUAAACUUCACACUACUCUCUAUUUCUCUAUGUGUGACACCACUGUUUUCUUUUUUCUUUCCCUCUUUGAACAUUGCAGUUGUAUGUUCCCAUCUAAAUAAUCCAUACAAUCUCAUUUAAACUUCACUAUUA